AUGGACGUCCACCAUGUGGACGAACCUAAGACAGUUCCUCAAACAACAGAAUCGGUAGCCGAUGAUUAUCAGAAACCUUCAGCUAUUGACACCAUUCACGGUGAUGAAGCCCUGAAAGUCAUCGCUGCCGUCGGCGGGGACGAUCAUUGGACUGAGAAAGAGGAGAAACGGCUUGUCCGAAAGAUCGAUAUACGGCUGCUACCAGUCCUGUGCCUAGUUUACGGGGUCCAGUUCUAUGACAAAGCAAUGCUGGCCUUGUUCGGACUAGAAAAGGAUCUCGAUCUCAACAUUGGCAACCGCUUUGUUUUCUCAUCUUCUAUCUUCUACCUUGGCUUCAUCGUGGGCGCAUACCCUGCCAUUAUGAUGGCUCAGCGUUGGCCCAUUGAGAGCGUCGCUGCAGGAAUCACCUUCAUCUGGGGAGUUACCGUCAUGUGCAGUGCUGCUUGCAAAACAUAUGGUAGCUUCUAUACCCAGAGGUUUUUCCUCGGUGUUAUCGAAGCCGGCAUUUCGCCGAUUUUCAUGCUCGUUGUGGGAGGUUGGUACAAGAAGGAUGAGCAAGCUUUGAGAAUGGGAGCUUGGUAUAGUUGUACCGGCUACAUUUCCAUCGUCUCGCCACUAAUCAACUACGGAAUUGGCCACAUCACAGGAGGUUCUCUGCACUCUUGGCAGUAUAUGUAUCUAUUCGCCGGCGGUGUCACGACUCUACUUUCGAUCUUUGUGUUAUACUUCCUGCCACCUGACCCUAUUCGCGCCCAACAUUUCACAGAUCGCGAGCGUUAUAUUGCUGUUGCACGUCUCAGAGUCAACAAUGCUGGUGUUCGCAACAUACACUUCAAGCCAUCUCAAGUCUUCGACGCUUUGACAGAUAUCAGAUUCCUCUUGCUCUUCUGCACGACCUUCCUCAUGUUCUUUGCCAACGGAGCGAAUGCGACGAUGGCGCCUAUUAUUGUCCACAGCUUUGGCUACUCGACGCUCAAUUCCCUCUUGCUGCUUGUUCCCGCUGGGUUCGUAUCCGGGACAAUCGAACUGCUUGUAUGUUAUCUGGCAUACCGCAUUAAGGGGAUCCGGAUCUACCUCUUCGUCAUUUGCGUUUGCACCACUAUGUUGAGCUGUCUGCUUCUAUGGCAAUUACCUCGAUCCGCUAAAGGUGGUCUCCUGUUCGCCAUUGAGAUCCUCCCUGCUUUUGGUGGUGGGUACGCUAUCCUCAUGGGCCUACAGAUUGCCAAUACAGCAGGCUACACGAAGCGCAGUGUUACAGCAGCUGGAUUGUUCAUUGCUUGGUGUCUUGGCAACUUCACCGGGCCACUGCUCUUCAAGACGAAAGAUGCUCCUGUCUACGCUGAAGCAUUUGCGGUCAUCGUGGCAGGUCUUGCCGCAGCAGUGGUUUUAGCCAUCAUAUAUCUAUUCGUCUGCAAAUUCGAAAAUUCAAAGCGGGACGAGAGUGGAAUGACGGAGGCUUACGAGCAUGCCUACAACGAUGAUUUGACGGAUAGGAAGAACAAGCAAUUCAGAUACGUGUAUUAG